AUGAAAACAAACUUAAAAUCAUUAUCUAGAGAUGAAGAAGAGGAAGAGCGCAAGAGGAGAGCACGCGAUUGCGUAGUCUUAUGCAUGAAUCACAUGAUUUCAAAUGGUUUUGUUGAUUCUGCAGAAAGAUUAGCUCAAGAAUCAGGAAUUCCUUCAGACAAAUAUGAACUUUGCGAUAAUGUAUCAUUAAUGCAAACACUAAUCGACUUUGAAGCAUUCCAAGAACUUAAAUACGGUCAAAAAGCAAAAAUUUGCAAACCAUCUAAAAAAGCAGAUACUCCUAAGAAAGCACAAAAUCUCCCACCAUUAACUCCAGGUGAGCAAAAAUCAUCACGCGUAGUUAAAAAGCUAAAUACAGGAAAACCACAAAUCACAACUCCAAAUACAUCAAAAAGGACAGACCCACUUGAAAAUGAGAGCACACCUGCUCCACGACCAAUACCAACUUCAUCAUCUGCUGCAGCAGCACCUCCAGCUAAAAAGAAGGAAGAAGAAAGUUUACCAGCAGAUGUCCGCCUCAUGAAACCUAUUCCACCACAACUACGUGCAGAUUUUGGCGAUCUUACAAGUGUUAUCGCACGCGAUAUCUUCAUUGAUAAUCCUGGAGUUAAAUGGUCAGAUAUUGUCGGUUUAAGCGGAGCCAAACGAGUUUUACGUGAAGCUGUUGUAAUGCCACUACGCUAUCCUCAACUAUUUGCAGGCAAAAAACUACUUACUCCAUGGAAAGGAGUUCUUUUACACGGACCACCUGGAACAGGUAAGACUUUGCUUGCCAAAGCUGUUGCAGGUGAAGGAACUACAUUCUUUAAUGUCUCUGCGUCUACUCUUGUUUCAAAAUGGAGAGGUGAUUCCGAAAAAUUAAUUCGUGUUCUCUUCGAACUUGCGAGAUAUCAUGCUCCAUCCACCAUAUUCAUUGAUGAAUUGGAUAGUAUAAUGAGUAAAAGAUCAAGCGAAGACGAACACGAAGCUUCUAGAAGAAUGAAAACAGAAAUGUUGACUCAAAUGGACGGUUUGGUUCAAUCUGAUGCGUUAGUCUUUGUUCUUGCUGCUUCUAACUUCCCAUUCGACCUAGAUCCGGCUCUUUUGAGAAGACUUGAAAAAAGAAUUUUAGUUCCUUUGCCAGACGUCGAAGCAAGAGAGGAUAUGUUUAGGAAAUUCCUUACACCUGAUAUUGCUUCACCAGAUAUUAACUUUAAAGCGUUCGCAGAGAAAACAGAAGGUUAUUCUGGAUCAGAUAUCCAUCUCCUUUGCAAAGAAGCGGCCAUGGAGCCACUGAGAAGACUUAUGGCUGAUCUACAGGAAAAAUACGGCGAUGCUUAUUUGGAUGAACAAUUACAAGAGGAACUCAAACUUGAUUUGAUUUCAGAAUCAGAUGUAGAGUGCGCUCUCAAGAGAACAUCUGCUAGUGCAACAUACGACCUCAAAAUGUACGAACAAUGGCAAAAUAAGUUUGGUGUUGUUUAA